CGGUGGGGGAAACUGAGUCCGGGCCGCGCGCGGGGCGUGCCCGCCGCCGGCCUCGCCCCCGGCCCCGCCCCGCCCCGCCCCGCCCCGUAAGAGGCUCGGGGGCCGCGGGGCGGCGGCCAGAGCGCGGCGCGGUGCCCCGGCGGCGAUGGCAGCUCAGCGGCUGGGCAAGCGCGUGCUGAGCAAGCUGCAGUCCCCGUCGCGGGCCCGCGGGCCCGGGGGCAGCCCCGGGGGGCUGCAGAAGCGACACGCGCGUGUCACCGUCAAGUACGACCGGCGCGAGCUGCAGCGACGGUUGGACGUGGAGAAGUGGAUCGACGGGUGCUUGGAGGAGCUGUACCGCGGCAGGGAGGCCGACAUGCCGGAUGAGGUCAACAUCGAUGACUUGUUGGAAUUGGAGAGUGACGAGGAGAGGGGACAGAAAAUCCAGGGUCUCCUGACAUCCUGCACCAGCCCCACAGAGGACUUCAUCCGGGAGCUGUUGGUGAAGCUUCGAGACCUGCACAAGCAGCCCGGCCUCCCGCGGCGCAGCCCCUCAUCUGAGGGCAGCCGGCGCCCCACUCCAGGCCCCAGCCCCGGCCCCAGCCCAGGCCCCGGCCCUGGACCCGACCGGCCCUCGCCUCUGUGA